UGGGAGGGAAACGGCUCGGGCGGGCCGGGAGCGGGCGGCGGUGCUCCCGCAACUCCUCGGGGCGGUUGGGGGACCCGGCCGGGCUGGCGCUGGGCGGGCUCGUCUUUGUCUGACGGCCUGGGCCGCUCUUCGGCGGCGUGCUGCGGGCUCCGGCGGGUCCUCUGUCCCCCUCGGAGGUUUCUUUUUCCCCCCUUUUUUACUGGAGGUUUGGUUCGAGCGCUGCGGAGCGGGAGAGGGGCUGGCGGGAGGACCCGGCCCGUCGCCUCUUGCUGGACGCCUUUUCUUUACUUGAGAUGACUUUAUUCUCACUUCGGAAAACUUUGGAGCUCUGCUGUGGCCUUUUUUUUUUUUUUUUUAAUUGUUCUUCGUUGAGUCUCCAGAUUGAAAAUAGAGAGGAGGCGCUAAUGCUGUGAUUGGGCUGGCUGCCGCGUUUGGAGUUUCGAGUUGAAAAGAUUUACAUGACCCAUGUUUAGAAUUUGGGGUCCUCCCCCGCCGGUCCCCGCUUUGCGGAUUAUUUGGGAUUGCUUUUCUUUUGCGAAGUGGGAUGAGUUUGGUUUUUGUCAUUUGAAGACAUUUUCCUUUUGGUCCUCGGGGACUGGCAACGCCACAGAUUUCAUUGUGCUCGGGCUUUAUUUUGUUCUCGUCCACACUAGGUGCAAUCGAGGAACUCAAGUCUAUACACCUGGCGCCAGGGAAGGCCAGAAGAGGAUGUUGAUUCCCCUGGAACUGGAGUUACAGAUGGUUGUGAGACGCUAUGUGGAUACUGCAAAUUAAACCCAAGUCCUCCUAAAAGCAGCAGCACCUGCUCUAAACCACUGCACCAGCUCUCCAGCCCCUGGUCCUGACCUCCUGAUCACCCUGCCUUGUCACCUACUAGUUUAGCGUCAUGUCUCAGCUUUUCACAUAGAGAAUUUGGGAAAGCAACAAACAAAGUACAGAAUCUGAAAGAAGGUUUUGGGUAACAGGAGUUCUGGUGAACAGGGCAAACCAAUUCCACCACCAUGAGUUGGAGCUUCCUGACUCGCCUGCUAGAGGAGAUCCACAACCAUUCGACAUUUGUAGGGAAGAUCUGGCUCACUGUGCUGAUUGUCUUUCGAAUUGUCCUAACUGCUGUAGGAGGAGAGUCCAUCUACUAUGAUGAACAAAGCAAAUUUGUGUGCAACACAGAGCAGCCGGGCUGUGAGAAUGUCUGCUAUGAUGCCUUUGCCCCGCUCUCCCACGUGCGCUUCUGGGUAUUCCAGAUCAUCCUGGUUGCAACUCCCUCUGUGAUGUACCUGGGAUAUGCUAUUCAUAAGAUUGCCAAAAUGGAGCAUGGCGAGGCAGACAAGAAGGCAGCUCGGAGCAAACCCUAUGCCAUGCGUUGGAAACAGCACCGGGCUCUGGAAGAAACGGAAGAGGACCAUGAAGAGGAUCCUAUGAUGUAUCCAGAGAUGGAGUUAGAAAGCGAAAAAGAAAAUAAAGAGCAGAGCCAACCAAAACCUAAGCAUGAUGGCCGACGACGAAUUCGAGAGGAUGGGCUCAUGAAAAUCUAUGUGUUGCAGCUGCUGGCCAGGACUGUGUUUGAGGUGGGCUUUCUAAUAGGGCAGUAUUUCCUGUAUGGCUUCCAAGUCCACCCAUUUUAUGUGUGCAGCAGACUUCCUUGCCCUCAUAAGAUAGACUGCUUUAUUUCUAGACCCACUGAAAAGACCAUCUUCCUUCUGAUAAUGUAUGGUGUCACAGGCCUCUGCCUAUUGCUUAACAUUUGGGAGAUGCUUCACUUAGGGUUUGGGACAAUUCGAGACUCACUAAACAGUAAAAGGAGGGAACUUGAUGAUCCGGGUGCUUAUAAUUAUCCUUUCACUUGGAACACACCCUCUGCUCCCCCUGGCUAUAACAUUGCUGUCAAACCAGAUCAGAUCCAGUACACUGAGCUGUCCAAUGCUAAGAUUGCCUACAAGCAAAACAAAGCCAAUAUUGCCCAGGAACAGCAGUACGGCAGCCACGAGGAACACCUCCCGGCUGAUCUGGAGACUCUGCAGCGGGAGAUCAGAAUGGCUCAGGAACGCUUGGACCUAGCAAUCCAGGCCUACCAUCACCAAAACAACCCCCAUGGUCCUCGGGAAAAGAAGGCCAAAGUGGGGUCCAAAUCUGGGUCCAACAAAAGCAGUAUUAGUAGCAAAUCAGGGGAUGGGAAGACCUCCGUCUGGAUUUAAUCUUGGUUGGGCUUAAAACUUGGGUUUUCAUAGUUUAUGGUAAGCAGCAACUUGCUGAAUAAUGACUUCCAUUGAGUAAACAUUUGGCUCUGGUUAUCUUCAGGGAUGCUGUUGGCUCAUGAUCCAAACUCAGGGGACUCUGAAGGUGGAGCUGGGAUGAGUCGGGAGAGGGAAACACAGUGUUCCCAGGCACAUGUUCUCAGCAAUAAUGCAGUUGCAGAACUUUCAGGUUGUGUCUUCCAGAUCCAGAGAAGAACUGAUAUAUUUAAAUCAUUCUUGUUGGACAGUUUUUGUAUGUACAGUAUUAUGGUACAGUUUUUUUAGUAUAAAUUUUUUUUUUGUAUUUGUACAUUGGACUGCUGUAGUUACACUUUUUUAUAUUAAAGGAAAAAAUCCUUGUAAAUAAUGUCUGUUAAAGGGUAAUGUUAUUACUUUGUUUAGCAAAUAUUAUCUUGUGAUUAGAAUUUUGGUAGAUGGUACACUUAAUAAAAGUGCCUCUCGUGUUUCA